AAUGCGUAGGAUGAUACUUCCCAAAGAGAAGUCGGAAGUGGCUUCCAUAUUCCAUUGUCAGACGUUUUCCUACUCUGCGACAUAAAAUGAUUAUCCAUCCAUAACGCCAAAAUGAGCAAGAUAUUAAUGGACCAUGGUUUCCUUCCUCUUUCCUCUCUCCGUCUUAUCGUGCCCCCUCUGCAGCUUGUGUCUGCAGCUCUGUGGGAGAUAGUGAAGCAGGGAGCUGUGAUGUACUAUGGUCUGCUGGAGGAGUUCGUUACCUCAGUGCUGGAAACAGUCCCUGAACUGCUCACAUACACAGAGAGAGUCCAACUAGCUAUGGGCCUACGUGCAAAGGUGGUGCUAGAGUUGUGCAGCAACAGGGAUUUUGCCAGCCCACAGGCCAUCCAGCCUCAUCUGAGCAGAAUAAACACCUACAUUACACACCAGGAUAAAGAGACUUCCAGCUCUGAGGUAAAAGCAUCAGUGACAAACUUCCUGAAGCUUGUUCAAACUCUAGUGGAUGACCAAUGUCAGAGAGAUACAUUUUAUCAGAAAAUCUUUCCAACAGUGUUCGGCCCUAAAUAUGACUCAGCCCUACUGGCUCUAAUGAGAAAGUUCCUCUUCAAUCUGCAGAAGCUUUUACCUGUUCCAAACCUUGAACAAACUUCCCUUUGGCUCAGUCUCUCUCCUUCUAUCUUGAAAGAGUGUGUAGACUUCCUGAAUCAACCUGAGCCCCUGAAUACACUCAUUCAGCAUCACAAACAUCAUGGCCACAAAGUUCCACAAGCUUUAUCUUCCUCCGGUGAUGAUUGCAUUCUUUCCAGCCUGUCCUAUCACCUACCACAUGUGGACAAUGACAAAGGAGACACACUUGGCAGUGAGUCGAAAAAAAAGAAGAAAGAAGAAAACUCCAAGGUGAUAAAUUCAGAAUUGUUGCGGAAUAACGAUAGAAAUGGACAUAAGCAUGUUAUUGAUCUGACUGAAGACCAAGGAGCUUCUGUUGAAGUAAUACUUCAACCCUUUGAUGAAAGUGAGUCUAAUGAUGAUGAUGACAUGGACAAAGAAUGGUUCCACCAUUUGAAAACUGGCAGUACGACAUCCUCAAAAACCUUCAAGUGUCUUGUCUGUGGCAGAGAUUUUGGUUCCCCAAGGAAACUAAAGGAACACAAGAUUACCCAUAGUGGUUGCUGUACAAACCCAACGAGUCAGUCAAAUUAUGUGGGCCAAAGUAGCUUUUUUGAGAAAAUAAAUGUACAGCCUAAACCAAAGACUUUUGAGAAUAAUGCUUCUAGAAGUGAGAAUAGGCUUUCAUCAUGUGCAAGUGCCACAACACAUAACCCAUCAAAUCUAUACAGUCUUCAAAAUUCUGAGCAGUCUAAUGAUGACUCUAGUCUUGUUUGUCAUGUUUGUGGCAAGUCUUUCACUUACCCAAAGAAUUUUGACAAACACCAGAGGACUUGUGUGGUUAGUAGUAAACGACAAGCAGAGACAGACCCACAGUGUUCCACAAGCUUAGCUCAUCACUCCAAACCAAACCCUGUUGAUAAGACCAAAGAGUAUUUCUUCACUGAAACUGGGCUUUCAAAUGGUCUACCCCAGGAAUCAAUAUCUUUGGACUCACCACAAGAGCAGAUGUGUAAAAGAAGCAGUCGUGUCAAACAAUGCUCCGCAUGCGGGGAAGUAUUUACUUGUUCUGUUGACUUGAUGAGGCACAUGAGAUGCCACACUGAACACAGUCCUUACCUUUGUUCUUAUUGUGGGAAACACUUUGACAACUACGAAGACUGCGAGACGCACCAGGAAGGUAAAUGCAGAGUUUCACACCAGCAUUCACAAGACAAUUCAUCGGGCAACGCAAAUAAAAGGAAUCAGGAGAAUAGCGUUGUUUCAAGUGGUAUAACUCAGAUCCCAACAACCCGAGACGCAUCUGCCAACUCGCAGGCUAAGUCGACCCUGACGUGUCAAGAAUGUGGCCAGGCUUUUACUUACUACAAGAGUUUUGAGAAGCACCAGAGCAGAUGUUCCAAAAGAGCUCCUCGAAGGAAAAAGCCAACAAAUGCAAACCAUUGCGUUAUCAAUGCUUGUAAUUUCCGAUCAGCUGACAAUUCCGACGGGAGACAUGCUGAGGCAAGUUCUGAAACGAAGGAAAGUGAAACUGCAAAAACUCUGACCUCGGCAGAACACGCAGAUGACUCCCAGACUGAAUCUCGCGCCAUCAAGUGCACCAUGUGUGAGAAGAACUUCUCAGAAAUUGUCCUCAUGAAAAGACAUUAUUCCAAAUCCCAUAAAGUUAGAGGCUCAUACCCCUGUCCUUUGUGUAAGAGAACGUUUGUGAGGUUGUGCGAGUUGGUUCGACAUCAGCAAAACAAAAGACUGUACCAGUGCGCCGCCUGCAAGAAAUGUUACACAAAGCCAGGACUACUAAAUGAUCAUGAAAAAGUCCAUAGCGCAAGUGUGGCACCACACAUCUGUGAAACGUGCGGGAAAAGCUUCAAAUCUCUCGCUCAUCUGAUUCUGCACCAGAGCAAGCAUAGAGAACGGCAACCUAGUGUUUGUUCCUACUGUGGGAAACAGUUCAGUACGAAAGACUGCCUGAGAGCGCAUAUGGUGAGGCACACAGGUGGUUACCCGUGCCCUGUCUGCGGGAAGAAAUUCUACCAAAAAACAUACCUUAAAUGGCAUCUGUAUAAACACACGGGGCAAGAGCCGUACCUUUGCGACACAUGUGGGAAAGGCUGGCCGAGUGCAGCUCAGCUCAAGCUUCACAUGAUUGAACAUACGGAGGAAAGGCCGUUCAAGUGCGAGGACUGCGGUGCGUGUUACAAGAGGGGAUCCCAUUUGAUGGCUCACCGCAGAGCCAAACAUAUCAGGUUGCGGCCAUUUGUGUGCGAGGUUUGCAGCAAAGCCUUUAGAUUAAACGGUGAGCUGAAAAAACACAUGAUGGUUCACACAGGGGAACGGCCAUUCACGUGUCCAAGGUGUGACAAAAGAUUCACGAGAAAUUCUCGCCUUAGGGAACACAGAGAAAAAGCAUGUCUGUAACUUUGUCCUGUAAUAAAACCGUUUAUGAUUCAUAUGCCAUACUACACUACAUACAGUAUAUACAUGUGCCAUAAGUUCUCUCAUCAACUGUGUCUCAAUGCUGUAUAUCUAUGAUGGCUUUAAUAACAAACUACAGAUGUGUGAAUAAACAUUUUGUCUGAUUUUGUAAAUGGUUUUCAUUCACUGAGAAUAAAAAAAAUCAACAAUUGUGACAAAUGAAGGAUUCUGUAAAAUGUGCUGAUGUCUACAAGGUUUCUCCAGGGGCUACAGAGAGCUCAAGUCUGUGUGAUAGAAUUUAGAGGAGGCAGACUGCCAAUCUGGGUUAUAUGGGGGUAGAUCCAAUCCAAAUAAAUUGCACGAGGCCUGCCUUUGCAUACACUGGAGUAAAGCUGAAACAAUUUGUCAACCAAAAAAUUUAUGGAUAAUCAUUUAGCUAAUUAAUCAUUUUAAGUUUUUUUUUUUUUUUUUUUUCAAACCAAAAAUGCCAUACAUUGUGUCACACCAGCUUCUUCAAUGUGAGGAUUUGCUUCUCUUUAUUUUAAUAUAACAUUUGAAUACCUUUAGGUUUAAAAUUGUUGAUCGGACAAAACAAGUACUCCGAAGACGAUACCUUGGGCUCUGAGAAAGCGGCAGACAUUUUUCUGAAGUUAUACACCAAACUAUCAACCGAUUAAUUGAGAAAAUAAUUGUCAUAUUAUUUGGUAAUGGAAAUAAUAUGGCAGUUAUGGGAACUUGUAUAUUAAAAUUUCCCUGAGCUUCCCAUUAUCUUGACAGUGCUUGUGUUGGGAUGCCAAUUUAAAAUGAUAGGAAUGCCAUUUUUGCUUUCUAGAUUACUUAUUGGUUAAUCAAUCGUAGUUCCAGCACUAGCGUAUGUAUUUAUAUAUACAGUAUAUGUACAUUUAACCUUGUGCAGUAGCCUACUGUUGCAGAAAAAGCAUUGCUUCCACCAGAGAGCAGUGGUGUUCCUGGGACUGCCUCAGUUUCAUCAGCCAGAGUCAAACUGUAUUUUAUGUACAGUAUCUAGAAGCUGAUUAUUUCUUAACCGUUCUUCAACAGGCCACAUCCCAUGCAACACAUUUUUCUAUGUCAAACUGAAAAUGACUUGGACUACAGAACAUUUUGAUUUUGGAAGUUGUUACAUAUGACUGUAAUCGUUUAAAUUUGCGAGGAUAAAGGUGCAACAAUGCUACUGUAAAUCGUUCAUUAGAUCUGUUGUCUCCGACAUCAGA